AUGGGCGAUACAGAAGAGUCGAUCGAUGCCAGUGUGAUGGGAUCAAAUAAACAGAAGAAAACUGCGAUAGAGAAGCCAUCAGCUUCGCCAUGCGGCUCUUCAAGCUCCGGAGAAAUCAGUGACGAUAGUGAUGGUGAAGCGGAAGAUGCUGUUCAUCAUGUGGCUCAAUCAGAGGCUACGAGAAAUGGUUUUAUUGAAUAUCGUAGAAGAGAAUUUAAAAGGGAUUUCCACUCUAAUCGAGAACAUGAUGUGCCGCAACAAUUUGAUCCUGAUAAUGAUUAUCGGCAUCCACAUUUGACACCUGAACAAAUUUCCCUUCGCGUGCGAAAAAUUCCAGGACCAGAUGUGCUGGUAGAAUUAAGUGAUGUAGGCAUGCGACAUUUGUUAUCCGAUGUGCAUGAAUUGGAUCGUGAGCAAAUUCGACUUUCCAACAAUCGUCGGAAGUUAUUGGAACAGAUGCGCCAAAUGCAUAAACAAGAAAUAGGAUCUUUACGGGAGUGUAUGGAAACGUUGAAGAGGUUGAUGAGUGAACGUGGAAUGAAUUUACUAGCCACACACAUUGGACAAGAUGUGAUGGAGUUCCUACAUGAAAAAGACCAAACUUUCAGUGCAGGAAGUGUAUCGUUGCCGACAAAGGUGCUGGAUUCAUCGUCAGAUUCAUGCCGCGGUUCGUACGGUGUUUUUCCGAAGACUCAAAGCUUUGCACAAAAUUCCUUACCACCACGACCGCAUUUUGUCCCGGAAUGUUCCGGUGCUUUCAGUUAUCCUCCAGUUACACCAACAAUGCCUGGACCACUCAUUUUACCGCCACCAGAUUUCUCAGUUCCUCCACCAUUUCCCGCUCAUGCAUUACAAGCAGGAAAUGAUCAUGCAUUCGAAAGCCCUGGUACAUCGGCGAUCACUACUCGAGAUGUCUCGGUGACCUCAUCAAUGAGCGCACCUUCCUUAUGCGGUGCAAUUGGUGAGUCAGGAACACAGAAUCCGUUGCGAAAUAUAUCUUUAGUUACUACAAAUGAAAGGACUGCGGAAAUAGCAAGUGGAUCGAGCAAUCAUAUACCACCUAGCAGUACCGGAGCGCCAGAAAAUAUUGGGAGGCUGGGAUUUCGGCCAAAGAUAAAUCGCGAACUGGAUCAUUCAGGGUUGCUGUCUGGAAUUCCACAGCAACCACCGCAACCACCAAUGAUGGGGAUGAUGAGAACACAGCAGCGUUUUGGUAUACCACCAUUUCGUGAUGGUGUAUCAAUUAUGGAUAACGCUCGUGGAGCACCGUUUCUGGAUGAACGUGGAAUGCCAUUUCCGAAUAGCAGGAUUGUUUCGUUAUAUGAUGAUGGUCGAUUACCAUUUCAUGAAUAUGAACAUCCACAAGGUGAUGAAGCGAUUCGAAUUCGGCACGUGUGGAGUACACGGCCACCAGUCACUCAGAGGAGGUUGUUGCAACCAGGAGUUUUUCGUGAUCGAAAGAUUCAACGUGUCAUGGUUAGUACGUCUGCUGGUCGAAUUCAAGGAGCGGAGAUACGUGACCGUUCGCGUUCUCCACAUGGUGGUUCGAAGCCACUAAUUGCAAAUAGUAGCUGCGAAACUAUUGCUACUACUACAAUUGCUGCAAAUAUCAGUGCAACUCAUGUGUCAUCAAAUAAUGACGUAGAAGGAAACGUUAUGUUAGUUGACGAGAACAGUGAACCAGGGACCGAUAAGAUCAGUCAAUGUUGA